CACUUCCUCUCUCCCUCAUUUCCACCCCUCCAAGUCACUUUUUGAAAUGGACAUUGCCGCCAUGCCCGCCGACUCGGCCGAAAAAAGCAGCGCGACACAGGAGACGCCAGAACCCCAGCACCCAACCAGUAACGGUAGUGCGGCGGCGGCAGCAGCAGAAGCAGCAGCAGCAGCAGCAGCAGAAAGCAAGGCUGACGAAAGCUCCAUGCCUCCUGCACCCACUGCUCUGCCUGCAUCUCCCAAUUCAGCAGUGCCAAUGACAGGCAAUGCAGCCGCGCAGGAGAAUAAAUACAGCUUGGCAGUCAAGAGUGAGGAUACGGCAGAACCACCGGCAGCAGCAGCAGCAGCAGCAGCAGCAGCAGCAGCAGCAGCAAGCACCAAUUGGCAUUGACACCAGCAUUGCCCGCAAUUUCAACGCGGUUCCAGUCGACAACUCGAGUGAGAACGGCGAGGACAUUGUGACAAAGGACCGGCUGCUGCCCAAGGUAAAGCAAGUGAGCCGGUGCUGCUACUGCGACCAGAACUCUGCCGAAUCGCUAAAGACCGUCCCGUGUCUGGACUGUGGCUCGCGGUGCCACAUUGACUGCAUCCAGUGCACGACCAAGUUCAACGACAAGAUCCUGCUGGGCGAUGACUUUUUCCACUUCCGGUGCUCGAAAUGCACGGGCGGGCGCGAGCGAUUCAAGCGGUACCACCUGUCAUGGGUGGACGUGGUACACAUCACGCUGUUCAACCUGACGCACAACCCAAAGCGCCGACCGAACAAUCCGCUGAGCCGUGGAGGGCGGUCCGACGACCCAACCGGCCAGUUCAGCAGCAGCGAGCACGGGCCGCAAGAAUACGGCGACUCGCGGAUAUACUUCCACUAUAAAGCCGACGUCGCAAAGUUUAUCGACCAGCACUGGAACUACUUUUGGACAAAGUCCAGAGGCGAAACAUGGAUCAACAGCGCGUCGUCGGCGCUGUCAACUAACAGCACCGAGAAUGUGCCCGAGGACGGGCGGUUCGAGUCGGGCAAAGCAAAGUACAACAAAAAUGGCAUGUGGGCUCUGACCGAUGACUCGCGCUUUCCGUCGUCGUAUGACUCGGUGCAGCAGCAAAAGACACGCACCAUCAUGUACAGCUUUGCGGAGGACGGCUCGCUGAUCGAACUACGCACACAGACUGGCGCCGGCCGGCGGAAGCGCCGCACUGAGCCGGGCGCUGGCCGGGGAACACAGGCACGCGUCAAGAAGGCACGCUCUGGCGUUGCAUCUGACACGCCGCUGUCGGCGGGACUGGGUGACUACGGAGCGCCUGCAUCGUCAUCGAAGCGGGGACGGCGCAAGCACGAGCCGCGCAGCACGUGGUCGAUUGAAAUGUGGCCUGAUAUCGACAACCCCCAGGGCCCAGCACACAUGUCGCGCGAGGAGACGCACGCGGCAGCGCAGUUUGUGAUCGAGAGCGACCGGCUGACGGUAUGGAAUGACAAGGGAUACCGCAUGGCCAAGGCGUCGCAUGGUGUCGAGACCGGUGCCUGGUACUUUGAGGUUGACGUGCUGGAGCCAGUGCGACCCGAGUACAACCUGCGAAUCGGUUGGUCGCAGAUCUCGGGUGAGCUGCAGGCGCCCUGCGGCUUCGAUGUGUUUUCGUACUCGGUGCGCGCCAAGCCUAGCACACGCUUCCACGCGGCCAUUGGGUCUCCAUACGGGGAGGAAUAUGGGCCCGGGGACACGCUAGGCGUGCUGAUAUACUUGCCGCUGUUGGACAGCGAUGAGCGGCAGGACCUGAACGACCGCAAGUGGAAGCUGGGCGAGCGGUACCGCCAGUGGGCAUAUUCGCGGCCCGAGUGGCAGCGGCCGCGCGGCGACAUGGACCUGCCGCCCCUGCCAGUGCUCAACGGCAGCGAGCUGGUGUACUUUAAGAACGGUCGGUGCCUGGGGCCAGCUUUCCAGAAGCUGUAUCUCGGCAAGUACUAUCCGGCUAUCUCGUCGUAUAUGGGCGGCAAGGUCAAGGUCAACAUGGGUCCUGCCUUCAAGUUCCCACCACCCGCCACAUGGCACCAAGACACGCCGAUUCGGCCCAUCACAGAUCUUGAGUACACAUUGCCGGCACCAGAACCCGCCAGUACCACAACCACUGAUCCUGCACCACCGACAGCAGCUGCAUCGUCAUCAUUGCCAUCACCACCGGUGCUGCCGGACAAACCAGAAGCACCGGUAGUCGCCACUGCAGUUACCAGCACGCAAAGUCAGCCACCGGCUCCAUCGGACGCGCCUGCAGCAGUCGAUGUGCCACCCGGGGUCUAAUCACGUUCUUUUUCUUGAUCCGGCAUUAAAUCUCACCUAUUUUGAAGUUUUUUUUUUUUGGGUUCCAAGCUGCUGCACACGGCUUGCCUCCGUUUUCUGCAUUCCUCAACCCCUUUUAUUCGCACCCAAUUAACACAUACAGACACACGCCAUGGGUCUUGCUGAGCCAAAGAGCCGUACGCUGUACAGCGCGGAUCCGCGCAACUUGCACUGGAGUGAAGGUAAGUCAGAAAGAUACCUAAUAUCCACUGGAGACCGCAGCGAACGCAUAUAUGCGCUGACAGUGUUUGCAUGCAUCCGUAGACAAGAGCCGGUUUGGGUUCAAGAUGCUGGAGAAGAUGGGGUGGAGCGAGGGCAAGGGC